CUGUUAUUAUUUACUGGCGAACCGGUAUCAUUUUCUGGUAGACUGUUGCCGGCACCAGUCGCAAUUGAAGCGAGCACUUCUGUUCUUUCGUCUCUGUCUCUCUCUUUGUGUGUGCGAACGUUUAUUUCCGUUAUUGUUCGUGAAUUUGCCGUAGGGAACGUGGACACGCGAAAAGGAGAACAACAUGUCCGGAAUAGCGAUACGACGCCUGUACGAGGAACGGAAGGCCUGGCGGAAGGAUCAUCCCUACGGAUUUGUGGCCAGGCCGGUGAAGAAUUCCGAUGGUUCGAUCGAUCUGUUGACCUGGGAGUGUGCAGUUCCCGGAAAGAAGGGAACCCUUUGGGAGGGUGGCCUUUACAAGCUUCGCAUGCUGUUCCAGGACGACUAUCCGGCCACCCCGCCCAAUUGCCAGUUCGUGCCGCCCCUGUUCCAUCCGAACGUGUACCGGUCCGGUACCAUCGCCCUGUCGCUGCUGGACGAGAACCAGGGCUGGCGUGCGGCAACGACGAUCAAGCAGAUACUAUUGAGCAUUCAGGAGCUGCUGAACGAGCCGAACGUUACGAAUCCGGUCCAGACCGAAGUGUUCGCAAUGUACAGGUUAGCAAAGCCGCAAUCCGUUGGAGUACGAGAAGCUCGUACGUGCCCAGGCCAAAGCAAAUGCGUUGUAUUAAGUUAAUGUUUCGUUUUGUUUUUUUGCACCACUGUACCCCCCGGGCGAGAGAUGGCAGUAAGAUAAUACGGAUCGAUAGUCCGUAGAGUAAGAGUAGAGGUCCGGCCCGGAUGGCUGGUAAACCAGUAGGCUGUGUCUCUCCCUUCGACCAAAGAGCGCGUUGACGUUAUAGGUGUUACGCAGUCACAUUCGUAUCUCAUAUGUUAAGUUCUCGUAUUUUAUCUCUUGCGUUCAGUUUUGGCGGAGAAGCCGUUUAGGAAGAUUGCAAUUGAACUCUAAGAAGGAGUAGGGAAGCACGGGGGGGGGGGGGGGAAUCAUACUUCUAGAAUUACAGCCAAACAAACUGCCUUUUAAACCGUCGCCGUCUGCGGAUGGCCUGCUAAGGGAGAAGAGUAUUAUCUGAAGAGGUUGUUUGAUGUUAUCGAAGCGCGUGGGUGUGUAUUGUCGAUCUCCCAAGGAAAUCGGCGCUGGGGACAACAAAAAAGGCAAUCCCAGCUAUCGUCGCGAGCAAAACGACAUUAUUAGUAAUAUAAGUAACAGUAACGGGGCACAGUCGUUCCGGUUAAAGAGUUCCUUACCGUUUUUCGUUGUCGCCAAAUCGUAACUAUGAGACAUAAGAUGUACAUACGGAAACUAUACAGCGAAGCGUUGUUAUUCUUGCUAAAAUAUAACAAAAAACGAAUAAAAAAAUAAAAGCAUUCAUCAUAAAAAAAA